UGCUGGUUCAAAUAAUUGAGUCGGAUAAGUGGAGCGGAGACACACAAUGGAGGAGAGUACGACUCGGAGACGCUGCUGAAAGGCUUGUCUGAAUACUACACACCGAGCAGCGUCUUCCUGGAGUGAAACGAGAUUACAGAUAGUUUGGAUAGUCUCGUCUCUGUUUUUUUUUCUUCUGUUUUUCAACCGUUUUUGCCUGAAAAGUGAACCCGGACAUUAAACGCUGCAACACACCAAGAGGUCAUCAUGCCUCCCACGACUCCGUACGCCGGGAAGUUCAGCUCCUGCGCUCCUUACGGGAACAACAACAACAACCACCCUCAGCCCCAGAGUCCGUAUCGCAGCAACUCCGUCCCCAAACCGGGGAGGGAAAACGUCUACAACGGCGCCUUCUCCGCCGCCGACAACCCCUACGAUGUGCCGCAGCACCACGGCGCCUAUCGCAGCGCCUCCGUCUCCUCCGUGACGGCGAAGGAGCAUCGCUACGUGUCUGAGAACCCGUACUCCUCGCCGCCACCCCACAGCCCUCGCCAGCACAGCACUUCCUGUCCCGGCCGAGCGUACCGCCACACCACCAGCAGCAGCAGCGGCAGCGAGCAGUCCUGCCGCAACAACAACGCCACCGCCGCGGCCAAAGUUCGCCUCUACGGGCACGGCAUCACCGCCAGCUACGGGGAGAUGUGUUACCAUGACAACAGCUUGGUCUCAGCAUCACUGGAGGCGCUGAUCCAGCACCUGGUUCCCACCGUGGACUACUACCCCGAUAGGUCAUACGUGUUCACCUUCCUGCUGAGUUCACGCCUCUUCCUGCACCCGUACGAGCUCAUGACCAGGGUUUGUCACCUGUGUGUGGAGCAGCAGCGAUCCGGAGAUGCCCUGCUGGAUAAGAUCCGUUUCCGUGAAGUGGCGCCGAAGCUGGUGCAGCUCCUGACCGAGUGGACGGAGACAUUUCCGUACGACUUCAGGGACGAGAGGAUGAUGCGAUGCCUCAAGGACAUGACGCACCACGUGGCUCGAGGAGAUGAGUAUUCUUGGCGAGCCAUGCAGCAGAUGACCCAGCGCCUCAUCAAACGCCUGUCUGCCCUCGGACAGUACGAGGAGGCCGUCGCCGCCCUCAACGCCGUGGCGAUGGAGCGGCCGGCGUCCCUGAAGAGCAAGCAGGGCUCGGCUCAGCGGAACGACGUACUGAGCGUGUGCGACGACCCCUUCGUCCUCGCCCAGCAGCUCACGCACAUCGAACUGGAUCGGCUGAGUUUUAUCGGUCCUGAGGAGUUCAUCCAGACGUUCGCCAUGAAGGAUCCUCUGGAGAACCAUAAGGGUUUCUUCCGGAAGCGUAAAACCAGCAACCUGGAGGCCUACGUCAACUGGUUCAACAGGCUCAGCUACCUGGUGGCCACAGAGAUCUGCAUGCCGGUGAAAAAGAAGCACAGAGCGCGGAUCAUAGAGUUCUUCAUCGACGUGGCUCAGGAGUGCUUCAACAUCGGCAAUUUCAACUCCCUCAUGGCCAUCAUCACCGGCAUGAACAUGAGUCCUGUGGCCAGACUGAAGAAAACCUGGAACAAAGUCAACACGGACAAGUUUGAGAUCCUGGAGCACCAGAUGGAUCCGUCCAGUAACUUCAGUAACUACCGCACGGCGCUCCGCGGCGCCACCCAGAGGUCUGAGACGGCGCACAGCAGCCAGGAGAAGAUUGUGAUUCCGUUCUUCAGUCUGCUCAUUAAAGACAUCUACUUCCUGAAUGAAGGCUGUGCCAGCAGGCUGCCCAACGGACACAUCAACUUUGAGAAACUGUGGGAGCUAGCGAAACAAGUGAGUGAGUUCCUGGUCUGGCGUCAGGUUAUCUGUCCGUUCGACAGAGAUCGCCGGAUCCUCCAGUAUCUGGUCACCACGCCUGUUUUCAGCGAAGACGAGCUGCAUCUGGCCUCGUAUGAGAGCGAAGGACCCGAGAACAACAUGGAGAAGGACAGUCGGAGGUCUUUAAGAUCUUCCCUCCUCCAUCGAGAGAAUCGAUCCUAAGUGAAAGACAGUGUGAAUGCUACAGAUCCCUCCUCCAUUUUUACAUUUCUGUGGCCAAUUUUUAAGUCUUGCACUUAAAUAAAUCCUGAUCUACAGGAAAAUCAAACCAGCUGGGACCACGUCAUCCUCACAGAUAAUUACAAGCUUUGAGAUCAACGAGGAGCAGAAAUGAUUUAUACAUCAGACGCUGUAUCUUCAUGAAGAUGCCAAAGAAUCCCAGCGCUGCAGAUAUUAUUCUAACGCUGAGAGCUGGCAAGUCUUCACACGGAAAUCCUUUCUGAACCUCAUGAUUCUCAAGAAAAGAGCCUGGAUUAUUGAUUAAACCAUCAGUCGAGGCACUUAGAUGACUGCAGGAUUGGCUUAAACCAGGGGUGUCAAACUCACCUUAGUUCAGGUUCCACAUUCAGCCCAGUUUGAUCGCCAGUGACCAGUAAAAUCACACCCUAAUAACCUUUAAAUAACCACAACUCCUAAUGGUUCCUUUGUUUUAGUGCAAAAAAGUUCAUUCUAAAAAUGUUCACAUUUAAGGAAUUAUCUUCCUACAAAAUAUUAUGAACAACCUGAAAUUUCUUAAGAAAAAUAAGUUACAUUUCAUCAACAUUCAGUCUCAAUUUAUCAUUUCCACAUUACAACUUCCAGAUCACAGAGUGUCUACAAAGGAACACAACAUUUAGUCACAGAUAUCUGGAACUGAACCAGAGAGGAUUUUCCUUUUAAAAAGACAAAAAAGAACAAAAACAAGACAAAAUAUUACAAAAAUGAGACACAAAAUGACAAAAUAUGAGACAGAUGACAUGAAACAAAACAAAAAAGAGACAAAAAAUUGUAUAAAAAGUUGCAAAGCGACAAAAAAAUGGACAAACGACAAAAGUGAGACAAAAGAAGACAAAAGCGAGAAAACGACAAAAAAUAAACAAGUGAGACAAAAAGGAAACACAAAAUGACAAAAACGUGAGACAAACGAUUAAAACCAGACAUAAAAAGACUAAAAACAACAAAAACAAGACAAAAUAUUACAAAAAUGAGACACAAAAUGACAAAAGAACAAUGAACAAUCUAGUAUUUUACUUCAUGAUCCAAACAACUUGUCAUGAUCUAGAAAUUAUUUUAAAUUUAUAGUUUUACUAAUUUACAAUCUGCAGUUAAUGUCUUCUCUGGAAUUUUUACACUUUGAGGGCCCUCUGGAGGACCACUUUUGGCCCGCGGGCCUCAUGUUGGACACCCCUGGUUUAAAGUGAACGGAUCGGGUUCAUGUCUCCUGUGGACGUCCAUCACGGUGACGCUAACAUCCUGUUGUGGAAGGACUUUUACUCUGGAAGCUGGAUUGUUGUCGGCUGAGGAACUACAGGAAGAGAAGUGACAGAGAAGCUGAUUUGCAUUGAUCUGUAUCAUAUUUAACAGCUAACGACUGCUUUCAGGAGCGCUGUUGCUGCUUGUUGUUUCGUUGAGAGCUUCAGAACCACAUUUCAUCCGUCUGUUCCCACUUUGCACCGUCAUUUUAGCCUCUUAUCGAACUCAAACCGCCACACAUUCAUCCAGAUGGUGGUUUUCUGUGUGAUUUGGUUCUUUAAAUCUUGUGAUUUGUGCACUUUGGCUCUAUCAGUGACGCAGAACUGUGUGAGAUGACAGCAGCAUCGUUCUAAUCAUGCUAAAAAUGCACUUGAGCGUGUUCUCGUGUAAUGACUUCUAGGAUUUGGUGACCCCGGUUCGUUUCUAUACUCUAGUAUUAAGUCGUAUUUUGUAUCAGAAGGUUGAAAAUGUGUUUUUUCUCUGUGAGCUUGUUGCUGGCUGGCUGGCUCUGUGUUAGUAAGCUACAAUAUUUUGUGAAUUGAGCACCAGUAUAAGAGAAAAUGUGUGUUUUUUUUGGUGUGAAUGAAGCUCGAGUAGAAACAGGAAGUUCAUGUCUGUGGUGACGUGAUCCUUUAAAGUGAUGCUACUUUUAUUUUGUAUGUUUUAAAUUUAAAUACACUCAUUUUCUGUUUCA